AUGUCGCCUCCGAUCGCUGCUGCUGCCGGCCGGGAGAAGGAGUCCAACCUGGCGCGGUUGCUGGGGUCUGGCUCUGCCGGUAUCGCUGAGCUGGCUAUCUUCCACCCUGUCGACACCAUUGCCAAGCGCCUGAUGAGUAAUGAGGGCAAAGUCACUUCCCUCAGUAAGCUCAACACCGUCAUCUUCAAGGAUAAGGCCAACGCCAGCUUCGGCCGCAAGUUUGUCUCGCUCUUCCCUGGCCUGGGCUACGCCGCCGGCUACAAGGUCCUGCAGCGGAUAUACAAGUACGGCGGCCAGCCCGUCGCCCGCGACUUUCUCAGCACCCACUACGCCAAGGACUUUGAGGCUGCGUUCGGCAAGAAGACCGGCAAGGCGAUUAUGCACUCGACUGCGGGCAGCUUGAUCGGCAUCGGCGAGAUCAUCCUCCUCCCGCUCGACGUGCUCAAGAUCAAGCGCCAGACCAACCCCGAGGCCUUCCGCGGCCGCGGCAUCUUUAAGAUCAUCAAGGACGAGGGCUUCGGCCUGUACCGCGGCUGGGGCUGGACCGCGGCGCGCAAUGCACCUGGCUCGUUCGCCCUUUUCGGCGGCUCCGCCUUCGCCAAAGAAUUCCUCUUCCACCUCCAAGACUACAACAAGGCGACCUGGUUCCAAAACUUCGUCGCCUCGAUCUGCGGCGCUAGCGCUUCCCUGAUCGUCUCCGCACCCCUCGACGUAAUCAAAACCCGCAUCCAAAACCGAAACUUCGAGAAUCCCGAGUCGGGCUUCCGCAUCCUCGCCAAUAUGGCGAAGAACGAGGGUCCGACCGCCUUCUUCAAGGGCCUCGUCCCCAAGCUGCUGAUGACAGGCCCCAAGCUGGUGUUCUCCUUCUGGCUGGCGCAGACGCUCAUCCCGGCGUUUGAUGUCGCUUUUCGGAAGUAA